AACUUUGCAAUACAUGUGCUGGAAUCGAGGAAUGUGUCGAUGUUUCCACUGGCAAAAGAGGUGGCAGAAAAACUCACCUACGAUGUUAAGAAAAACAAAACUCUGAUGAUGUCAGUGUUCAAACGACUGACCCUGCUGCUGGAGGAUGAUUCGUUUCCAUGGUUUGACCGGUGUCUUGAAGCCUUCAGCCUGGGAACCACUCUUGUUUCAGCACUUAUUGAUGGAAUCAAGGACUCUAAGAUUCUGAGCAUGGAAGACUUGGAUGUGCUGGUUGAAAUAACUCGGAUUGUUAUGGAGAAAGACUUUUAUGAUCCCAACACUGGCAUGACAAACAGCAUCUUUUACAUCACAUACAUAUCUCUCGGAACAAACCUUCUCAGAUGGCUGGACACGCUUAAUGAGGUUGGUCGUGCUUCGUCUCUCAUCCCUGGCAUUGUCAACCUGGCGAGCCAUGACGAUGACGACAUCUCCGGCAUCGCAGGAACCCAGCUUCAGAUGAUCUCACAGAAGUCGGGAAAAUACCUCGCUCUUCAUCUCGAUGGUCUUAUCCAGAAUUUCCUCGAUAAAGAAAAAUUUCAGUUUAUAGCUGCAAUUGAUGGUGCCUAUGUCUACAAUCCCAAGGCCCUCACACCACACUUUAAGCAGAUUUUCUCCUUCAUUGAUUCGGGUAAUCCAGGUGUUAAGACCUAUAUAUGUUUUCUUCUGCAAAAAGUGGCAAAGAAACAACCAGAGCUGUUCACGGAGGAGAUCGUGUCUGAGAUCAUGAAGGAGGCAGGAGAGGACCGGCAGAGUCAGAUUGUUCUCCUACAGAUUUUGGAGAGCGUCGCCCAGAAGUACCCCGACAGACUGGCGCCCCACCUGCCCACACUCAUAAACUUCGACCAGUUUGAGGAGUAUGCCAAGUCAGUCCUCGUCGGCAUUCUCAAGAAUAUUGGAUACGCCUCACAGAAACAUUGUGGAAUAAUACUGAACCACUUCAGUAAAAUUCUUAGAAGUUCAAAUGAUCAGAUGACGGGAAUGCUGAUUAUUGACGGUAUGAAGACGGUGGGAUCCAAACACAAACCAGAACUGGAAAAACACAGACAGACUCUGGAGGAUGUGAAGAAGCAGUCGACUGUACAGUCAGUCAAAGAUGGCUGCCAGCACAUGAUAGAUUACUUGGAAGGUCGAAGUUUGGAAGGUCUUUCUAUUGACAUCCAGCAGCAACAGGAGGAGCUGGAUGUCCUUGACACGAAGGUGACCGAGACGAAGGAAGAGGUGAAGGUCGUCAAGAAGGACGUCAGAAGGCAGGGCGAGGAGAUACAGGUCGUGAAGCAGGACGUCCGGGAACAGGGUGAGAAGAUCGAAGAGAUUGACGAAACCGUGCAGGAGACAGUCGUCAAGGUGGAGGAGAUUGACAGCAAGACUCUAAGCCACGCUCCGUUUUGGUCGAGAGAUGUCUCCAAGCUGCUUAACCCCAAGGAUGAGCACGACUGGCGUCUGCUUAGCAGUCGCCUUGGUUACAGCAACGAUGACAUCCGAGCGUGGGCCCAACAGGCGGACCCCUGCAUGGCGAUGUUGAAUGAGUGGUACACCAUGCACAAGACGAGCGAGGCAUCCCUGGCCGUUCUCAAACACCUGCAGGAGAUGGACAGGAUGGACGCGGCCAUCAUCGUGGAGAAUGCAAUGAAGAUGGCUGAGACAGUUGUGGAAGACGAGGAGUUUGAGUAUGUGUCUCCGCCACAGAUCUUCCUGAGCUACCAGUGGGGCUACCAGAACGAAGUCAAGGUUCUCGCCAAACACCUCGAGAUGGCCGGCUACGACUGCUGGCUCGACAUUGGUCAGAUGGGAGGGGGAGAUAAGCUGUUUGAGAAAAUCGAUAAAGGGAUUCGAGGGGCGAAAGUGGUAAUCAGCUGUGUGACGGAAAAAUAUGCUAAAUCACCGAACUGCAACAGGGAGGUAAAUCUUGCUGUCAACUUGGGCAAGUCUAUGAUCCCUCUGUUGAUGGAGAGGGUGUCAUGGCCGCCACCAGGCUCGAUGGGGCCCAUCUUCAGCGAGUACCUGUACAUCCGGUUCUACACACGGGGCGACGCCGGUCCCACGGACGACAGGUAUUGGGAUCCAGAGAAGUUCCAGGAACUGCUGAUGCAGCUCAGCUUCAAUAACCUGGAGAGGAACGAGAAGACGAUCGCACCACAAUACAAGAACUGGUGGCUUCCAGUGGAGGAAGCGGUGGUGGUUGACAAGAAGAGAAACAAGGAGGGUACCAACACAGUGGCAGUGGUUGAGACGCAGGAUGAUGGUGUAUCUCCGGAUGUUUUCAUCUCAUACCAGUGGGGCAAGCAGAAACAGGUCAUAAAGCUGUACCAGCGACUCCAACAGAUGGGUUUUUCCUGCUGGAUGGACAUUCACCAGAUGGGAGGUGGGGAUUCUUUGUAUGACAAGAUUGAUCGCGGAGUACGAGGCUGUAAAGUGGUCGUAUCCUGCGUGACGACCAAGUACGCCUUGUCAGCAAACUGCCGGCGAGAAGUCAGUCUGGCCGAUGCUCUGAAGAAACCGCUUGUUCCUCUGUUACUGGAGUCGAUCACAUGGCCGCCUUCAGGACCCAUGAGCAUGGCGUUCACUCAGUUGCUGUAUAUCGACUUUUCCCGCGAUGACACGGUGCAGAACAGAUGGACUGGGCCAGAGUUUGACCAGCUUGUCACAAAGAUCCAAGAGAUCAUUCCACCACAGACAAAGUCUUCUGUACAGUCAUCAUCAUCAAAGUCACAGCCCUCCCAAAACACUGAAAAAAAUAAAAGUGGAGCAGUUCCUAAAUCUACUGGAGACCAGAAGUCUUCUUCAAAAUCGUCUGGACAGGCAUCAUCAAAGUCACAACAACAGCCCUCUCAGAACACUGAAGAACCAAAACGUGGAAUGAUGCCUAAGACAAACAAGGGUGUUGAAGAUACAAAGUCUUCUUCAAAAUCAUCUGAGCAGACGUCAUCAAAGUUGCAGCCCUCCCAGAAUGCUGAAAACUCAAAGAGUGGAGAGGUGCCCAAGACAAACAAAUCCACUGGAGAUGCAAAGUCUUCUUCAAAAUUGAUUGAACAGGCGUCAUCAAAGUCGCAGUCCUCCCAGGACACCGAAAAACCAAAAUCUGAGGUUGCUACUUCGAAAUUCACCACUCCUCAGAAAGACAAAUCAACUGCUGGUCCCAGACCUCCGCCCUCCCAGGCUGGCAAACAAACCUCAUAUCCUAACACGACAAAAACUAAAAAGGAAGUUUUGAAGUCAGCCAAUGAGAAGCUUCAACAGCCAAGCACCAAGGAUAAGCAGCUUAAGGAGCAACCAAAAUCAUCAAAGCAGACAAAACCAUCAGUGAAGUCAGCAAAGGAUGAUGCAUCAGGAGUCCAACAAAAGACCAACUCGCCCUCAGAGGAAUCCAAAUCCAAGUCAUGCCUCAUUCUGUGAUUUGUGUUGCUAACUUGAUGCUAAUAUUCACUUCAUUUUGUUUGUUAUACCGGUACAUUAUCUUUUACACUGUUACAAACUUUUGUUUUUGUAAUACUUUGUAAGUAUGAUAACACAAUUAAACCUCAUAUAAAGGACACCUUUUUACAGCAAGCACCUGUCGAAAAGGACACGAAUGAUAUAUCCCUUCUCAGACUUUAAACCGAGUGUCCAAAAUUAUUAGCAAUAUAUUGUGAAUUUGGUAAACAAAAUAUAUAGUCUAUAGUUUCAAUUGGACGAAAAACCAAAAUUAUUGUAUAUCUAUACAAAGAUCAAGUGAUUUUUUGGCAAAUUAAUAAUAUUAUAAAUGCCACAAUUAACUUCAAUUAGCAUUUGGCAAAUCACAGUGUAAACCCUGGGCACUGUGUACGCAGGUUGGGUACCAGUCGAAUUGUCAGUUGAUGCUGGUCAUGACAAAACACAUAUUUGAUGCAGCUCCAGGGCUAAAACAUUUAUAACGGCACCAACGACAAUUGCUGUUAUGAUAUAAAUUAUUGCACUUUUGUGCCGCGGGAUAAAAAUUACUGCCAUCGGUAAAUCUCAUCAAUGACUAUAUACACCAAAAUAUACAUUUCAAAUAGACUUAAUACAGCAAACUAAUCUCAUCAAUGACAAUAUAUACACCAAAAUAUACAUUUCAAAUAGACUUAACACAGCAAACUAAUCUCAUCAAUGACAAUAUAUACACCAAAAUAUACAUUUCAAAUAGACUUAACACAGCAAACUAAUCUCUCAGUUAUACUUAUUUGCUGCAAAACGUCACUUUAAAAAAAAAACUCGAAAUGGUUGUGGGUGACAAAUUAGAGUCCUGCAGAUCAGAUGUAUCUAUACUGUAUCCCAUUCAUUUAACAUCAAAUGCAAACACCAGGUAGCGAUCAUUUUGUAACACCAAUGGGUACACACAUUCCUUGAUUUAUAAUUUCUUUCAAAUAACUGCGUUAUAUUGCAGUUACAGUAGUAAAGCAUAACUGUGAUAUGAAAAUUAAUACAUUUAUUUUUAUGAAUAUUUUUUAUCUUUGUUGUAGCUUUAGAUAUGUCUUUAUAAUGAUUGUGACUUUUAAAUCAAUAUUAUUGUUUUUGUUAUGAUUAAUAUAUUAUCACAAUUGUGUUAUUAUUAUUAUAUAUUUGAAAGAAAAAAACCCAUGAAAUAUUUAUUAAAGCUGCA